CCCCUAAAAAGAAGAAAACCUGCCUCUCAGAACACAAACAGCGGCUUCUUCUUCUUCGACCUUUUCAUACUCUCUUUCUCCACUCUGGUUUUUGCUUCCUCCAUGGCCGGAUUCGAGCACCAGGUGAAGGAGCGAGCCAAGGAGCUCAAGGUCCUGUUCAAGAAAGGCGUCAAGAUCGUCGGCGAUUCUUGCAAGAAAGGAUGGCACAAGGUGAAGAACAUCAGACGUUGAUGGAGUGCGAAUACGAUCAUCUUCGUCGUCUCCAUCGGGUUUGAUCUCAAUCGGAACUUUGAAAUCCUAGUUUAAUUUCUUUAGCGGUUAUUCCUCUGGUUUUAGGCUUUCCAAGUGUGACGAUGUAAAGAUCUGCUUCAGUGUUGUUUUGAUAUGGUUGAUCUGUUUUUCUAGUUUUGAAUAUAAAUUUUGAAAGGAUUUGGCUUUGGUUUUUUUUUUUGUUAGUACUGUAUUGAUGGUUUGAUCUUUGAUUUUUGUUUAAAUCAUGGUUUAAUCUGAUAUGAUCUUUAUUGGUUUGAUCCUCUUUUGCUUCUUUUUUUAUUUUCUUAAGUUAUAUAAUAAAAAUAAAAUUAACUC